CAGGCUUGAGCUCCCGCCGAUCGUCCGCGGGCGCACGUCGCUUACCGCCAUGGCCCUCAGUGAUGCUGACGUGCAGAAGCAGAUUAAGCACGUGAUGGCUUUUAUUGAACAAGAAGCCAAUGAGAAAGCAGAAGAAAUUGAUGCAAAGGCAGAAGAAGAGUUCAAUAUUGAGAAAGGUCGUCUUGUGCAAACCCAAAGACUGAAGAUUAUGGAAUAUUAUGAGAAGAAAGAAAAGCAGAUUGAGCAGCAGCAGAAAAUUCAGAUGUCCAAUUUGAUGAAUCAAGCGAGGCUCAAAGUCCUCAGAGCGAGAGAUGACCUUAUCACAGACCUACUAAAUGAAGCAAAACAGAGACUCAGCAAAGUGGUAAAAGAUGCAACCAGGUACCAAGUGCUGCUGGACGGACUAAUCCUCCAGGGUUUGUACCAGUUGCUGGAACCCCGGAUGAUUGUUCGCUGCAGGAAACAGGAUUUCCCUCUGGUGAAGGCUGAAGUGCAAAAAGCAAUCCCUGUGUACAAAGUAGCAACCAAAAGAGACGUUGAUGUCCAGGUUGAUCAGGAGGCCUACCUGCCCGAGGAAAUAGCCGGCGGUGUUGAGAUCUAUAACGGGGACCGCAAGAUCAAGGUGUCUGACACACUCGAAAGUCGGCUGGACCUCGUAGCUCAGCAGGUGAUGCCUGAAGUGCGGGGAGCCUUGUUUGGUGCAAAUACCAACAGGAAGUUUUUGGACUAAGCCAGCAAGAGGUGCAUGACGUGGAUGCUCCCGACAUUGGAAGAAACGAGAGGGCCUGAUAGCUUCCUCUUUGCUGUCCUCUGCCCUUAUUUCUCAGUGGAUGCUCUUCUGUAG